AUGGAAAUCAGCAUCAACAGGACCAAUGCUUUUACUGAGAUACAUCCCUGCUAUAAAAUAGAUGCCUCUUAUGUGGUGACAAGCAAUCCCUCUGCAAUAUGUGUAUUGUUUCGUGUUUUCCUUGGUUCAUUAUCUGUUGUAACUGUAUGUGGAAACCUACUAGUAAUAAUCUCUAUCGCUUACUUCAAACAACUCCACACUCCUACAAACUCUCUCAUUCUCUCCCUGGCUGUGGCUGACCUGCUUGUUGGAAUUUUAGUCUUUCCUCUCACUAUGCAGUUCUCUAUAACUACAUGUCUAUACUAUGAUGAUUUAUUUUGUAAAAUACGAGACAAUGAUAUGACACUAUGUACAUCUUCUAUUCUGAACUUGUGUUGUAUUUCUGUUGACAGAUAUUAUGCAGUAUGUCAGCCUCUGACAUAUAGAACUAAAAUGAAUAAUAACGUUGUUGUGAUCAUGAUCAUUCCGCGCAGCAUCCAGAGCACAAAGUCUGGAGCAACUAUUAGUAAAAUGGAGAGAAAGGCCACUAAAACUCUGGCUAUAGUUAUGGGACUUUUUUUGCUGUGUUGGUUACCUUACUUUCUUUGUCCCAUCCCGAUGACUCCACUCUGUGACUGUCUGCCUACAGCCGCCUCUACCACUGCGCUGCCUACAGCCGCCUCUAAUCAUCUGCCUGUCUACAGCCACGCUCUAAUCGCCUUGCCUACAGCCACCUCUAUCACUGUCUGCCUACGCCGCCCUCUGACACUCUCUGCCUACAGCCCCUCGAUCACUGCUGCCUACAGCCGCCUCUCUCAUCUGCCUGCCUACAGCCCCGGUCUCAUAACGAAAUGCCGCUACAGCCCUGUCCACAGCCUGCCACUGCCUGCCCUCUAUACGCCUGCCUCUAGCACGUCUGCCACGCUCGCCUCUCACGCCUGCCCAGCCUCCUCGGUCCACUGCCUGCACCUACAGCGCGCUCGUUCAUGCCUGCCUACCCAGCCGCGUCUAUCAUCUUGCCUGCCUAGAGUCGCCUUUGACACUGCCUGCCUGCCAGCCGCCUUCUGUCACUGCCUGCCUUACAGCCGCGUCUCAUCUCUGCCUGCCUAG